AUGAUAAAUAGGAUAAAUAAAUAUUUAGAAAGGAGAAUAAUUAACACAGAUUAAUUUAAUAUAAUUUCUAAUAUUCUUGAACAUAGUUAUUAACUUUAAAAUAAACCAUAUAUUGCUAUUCAACAAAAAAAUAUCGAUCAGAUAUUUUGCAGUAGAAACAAAAUAUUCAAACAGGUUAAAAAUAAAACUUAAUAAAUAAAUCUAAAAGGAUUAAAUCAAAUGAACUCAGAAUCAAAUAAGCAAGCUAUCGCUACAGAUUACAAUCCUAAAGUAGCUCUUAAAAGAAAGGAGCGUGAUAUAGCAAAGCUUCUGAUGAGUGAUUUUAAGAUACUUUAGAAUAAGCCAUGCAAAUAAUUUCAUGAACUCACAUUACAAUUUGAUGGACCUAAAAAUACACCAUACGAAGAAGGUUCUUGGGAGGUAUAUGUACUAAUACCUGAACAAUAUCCAUAUAAAAGUCCUAGUAUAGGUUUUAUAAAUAAAAUAUUCCAUCCUAAUAUAGAUUUCCAGUCAGGAAGUGUUUGCCUUGAUGUGAUCAAUCAAACAUGGAGCCCAAUGUAUGAGCUGAUUAAUAUUUUUGACAUCUUUUUACCUUAAUUACUUACUUAUCCUAAUCCUAAAGAUCCUUUAAAUCCAGAAGCUGCAAUGAUCUUGAUAAAAGAUCAAAAUAUUUUUAACUAAGUUGUUUAGGAUUUUGUAAAAAAGUAUGCCCCCAAAAAACAUGCUUUACUUAAAACUCACUCAACAUAAGAUUAAUAUCAAUGUUCAGAAAAAUUUUUAAAUGAUGCAAAGCAAAGUUUAGAAAACCUCCAGCGAUCUUAGUCUUAAUCUCAAAAUGAUACGAUGUCUUCUUCUACUUCAAGCCAAACAAAAUUAACUUCUACAAAUACUUCGAACGACUAAUAAACAAAGUUUAUUAAUAAUAUUAACACAAUCAAUCAUAAAGAACUUUCUUUCCAAAAAAAUAAUUCUCUAAAUUAAGUACAGAAUGUUAAACAAAAAUACUACGAUGAAGAAGAAGAAGAAAAAUAGAAUAAUGUGUACAAGGGUGAAGCUGCAGAUAAAGAAUAAAUAGAAGAAGAAGAAGAAGAAUUAUAUUGUGGAUCUGUAUAAUAGCUAAGUGAAAUUUCUUAAACAAGUUGCAGUGAACUUUCUUAGUCUGAAAUAGAUAAAGAAUGUGUUUAAGAAUAUUGA